ACAUUGUUACUUCACAUUUGCUCCUCCCCUAUCCCCUAACCACCUCCAUUUCCAUUUCUUCGAUCACCUCAAAGUUCCUCCAUCCAAAUCCCACGUCAAUUCGUCGAUUUCACUGACGGAAUCCACCCUGAUCCGUCCUCGAUGCUGUUGCGAGUCAAUCAUUCAUCAAUUCAUUGCGUAUAAUCAUCGCCGUUCUUCCCAGACGGAGCGCUGGAUCCGACUCCCGAAUCACUGCACUCAUUGAAGGCUCCUGCUGCCUCCAAUUCCACUGGAAACGUUCAGAUCCGUUACCGAUCUCCAUCUUCCGCCGACCUUCUUGAAGGCCAAACGCCCUCUUUGUCACUUCAGGAUCAUCAGAAGCUACUUCAGUUUCAAUUUGACAAGAUGCAUAAGCGUCCCGGUAAGCAACAGUCGGAAUCGCUGUCGAAUAAGAUCUACGAAUACAGAGGGGUGUUAUUGUUCACGUCUCUUUCGCUUUUCCUAAUCGCCUUUGUUCUCUAUUUCAUGCCGGGCCGUGAAAAUUACUCGUUCAACCACCGCAAGGUUUACCCUGAUCACAGGUCGUCUUCUUCUUCUUCUAAAUCCACUUAUGCUGUUAUUUUUGAUGCUGGUAGCUCUGGGAGUCGCGUCCAUGUCUUUUGCUUCGAUCAAAAUCUCGAUCUCCUCCCCGUUGGCAAGGAUAUCGAACUUUUUGAACAACUUAAUCCAGGAUUGAGUGCAUAUGCUGACAACCCCAAGAAUGCUGCAGCUUCUCUAAUUUCCCUUUUGGAAAAAGCGGAAAAUGUGGUUCCUAAAGGACUGCGGUCAAUGGCCCCUGUUAGAGUUGGGGCAACUGCAGGCUUGAGGGCUCUGAAGGGGGAUACAUCUGACAAAAUUUUGCAGGCGGUUAGGGAUCUCCUGAGAGACAAAAGUGACCUCAGGUUGGAGGACAGUGCUGUGUCUGUAAUUGAUGGAACUCAAGAAGGUUCUUACCUUUGGGUGACAUUAAACUAUCUGCUUGGGAACUUGGGCAAGAAAUAUUCGGAUACAGUUGGAGUUGUAGAUCUUGGGGGAGGAUCUGUUCAAAUGGCAUAUGCUAUCUCCGAAACGGAUGCUGCUCGAUUAUCAGAAGCAGAGAGCGUAUACAUAAAAAAAAUGUAUCUGAAGGGAGCAACUUAUUAUCUCUAUGUUCACAGUUAUUUGCAUUAUGGAUUACUAGCUGCUCGAGCGGAGGUUUUGAGUGUUUCUAAAAAUUCUAGCAAUGAUUGCAUCCUAUCUGGAUACAAAGGAGCAUACCAAUACGGGGGAAAGGACUAUAAAGCAUCAGCCUCUUCAUCAGGCUCCAGCUUUAACGGAUGCAAGAGGACAGUCGUGGAGGCUCUCAAGGUUAAUGAAUCAACGUGUACUCACGAGCAGUGCACUUUCGGUGGAGUUUGGAACGGUGGAGGAGGCGACGGGCAGAAGAAUCUCUACGUUGCUUCCUUUUUCUUCGACAGGGCUGCUGAGGCUGGUUUUGCUGGCCCCAACAAGCCAUUUGCUGAAGUUCGUCCUGUAGACUUCCGUGAUGCAGCGAGGCAGGCAUGCCAAAUCAAACUCGAGGAUGCUGGUACAUAUCCCAAGGUCAAGAAGGAUAACCUCCCAUACUUGUGUAUGGAUCUUGUGUAUCAAUACGCACUACUUGUAGAUGGAUUAGGCCUAGAUCCUUGGCAAAAGAUCACAUUGGUGAAGAAGGUUAAAUAUCAGAACUCCUUGGUUGAAGCAGCCUGGCCUCUAGGCAGCGCCAUUGAAGCUGUAUCGUCGUUAGCCUAAACACAUCGUUCGGAUGGAUGAGUGUGCUCUUCUUGUUUGCCAGCUAGGCGUCGAUUUAUCCAUUGGAGAUGGAGAUGGGAAAAGGUUAGAUUCAGAAUUUGAACUUUGGUUGGGUUGUUGGGAAUAAUUUGAAUAUAAUGAUAGAAUCACAAUUUCUGUGUAUUAAUUCAUGUACUAAGCUAAUUUUAUACAAGUUGAGAGAGUCA